AUGUCGCUAGUGCUGCUGAGCCUGGCCACGCUGUGCUGGGGAGCAGUGUCCCCGGAGCCGAUGAUUCAGUGUGGCUCUGAACCCGGACCGUCUCUAGAGUGGAUGGUCCAACAUACUCUGACCCCAGGAGACUUGAGGGACCUCCAAGUGGAACCUGUUAAAAGCAGUGUUGCCAUGGAGGACUAUUCCAUUUUGAUGAAUGUCAGCUGGAGACUCCGGGCAGAUGCCAGCAUUCACUUGCUGAAGGCCACCAAGAUCUGCGUGACAGGCAAGAGCAACCUCCAGUCCUACAGCUGCGUGAGGUGCAAUUACACGGAAGCCUUCCAGACUCAGACCAGACCGUCUGGUGGCAGAUGGACGUUUUCCUACACAGGCUUCCCUGUAGAGCCGAACACACUAUACUUCAUCGGGGCCCACAAUAUCCCCAAUGCCAAUAUGAAUGAAGACCCCCCCUCCAUGUCUGUGAACUUCACCUCACCAGGCUGCCUAAACCACAUAAUGAAACACAAAAAAAAGUGCAUUGAGGCAGGAAGUCUGUGGGAUCCAAACAUCACUGCUUGUAAGAAGAACGAGACGGCAGUAGAAGUGAAUUUUACAACCAGCCCCCUUGGGAACAAAUACAUGGCUCUCAUCCGAAAUAACAUUGUGAUUGGGUUUUCUAACAUGCUGGAGGUACUUCAUCCCUUCAACAACCCCCCAAGUCGAGCUUCAGUGGUGAUCCCCGUGACGGGGGAAAGUGAAGGUGCUGUGGUCCAGCUGACUCCGUAUUUCCACACUUGUGUCAAUGACUGCAUCCGACGCAAAGGAACAGUUGUGCUUUGCCCACAAUCGGGCAUGUCCUUCCCCCUGGACAGUCGUAAAAGCAUGCUGGGCGGCUGGCUUCCUCUUCUCCUCUCAGCUCUGCUGGUGGCCACAUGGGUGCUGGCCGUUGGGAUCUAUCUAAUGUGGAGGCACAACAGGACCAGGAAGGCUUCCUUCCCUACUACCACGCUCCUGCCCCCCAUUAAGGUUCUUGUGGUCUACCCAUCUGAAAUUUGUUUCCAUCACACAGUUUGUUACUUCACUGAAUUUCUUCAGAACCACUGCAGAAGUGAGGUUAUCCUUGAAAAGUGGCAGAAAAAGAAAAUAGCUGAGAUGGGUCCGGUGCAAUGGCUUACGACUCAGAAGAAAGCUGUGGAUAAAGUCAUCUUCCUUCUUUCCAAUGAUGUCCACCCCAGGUGUGAUGGCACGUGUGGCAGGAGUGAGGGCAGCCCCCAUGAGAAUUCCCAAGACCUGUUCCCCCUGGCCUUUAACCUUUUCUGUAGCGAUCUGAGAAGCCAGACUCCCCUUCACAAAUACAUGGUGGUCUAUUUUAGAGAGGCUGAUACCAAAGACGAAUACAGCGCGCUCGGUGUCUGCCCCAAGUACCACCUCAUGAAGGAUGCUCCUGCUUUCUGUACAGAACUUCUCCGUGUCAAGCAGCAGGUAUCAGCAGGAAAGAGGCUGACGGCCUGUUCCCUGUAGCACACCCAUGAGAAGUGAGGGGCCUUGAAGCCUU